GCGCGUUCCUAUCCAUGCAACAUGGCGACACUCAUGGCGUUAUCUCGCUCAUGUGUUCGGCUUUGCAAACACGUUCGAAGCGCGUGUUUGCAAAACGUGGUCCCUGCGCAAGCGGCCUGCGUGACGUCUCUUCAGAGGGAAAUUGCCCAGGUGCGAUGCUACGCCUCGCAGAAGCACCAGAAACUCAUUCUGGCAGCGCAGAAACGGAACAGGCAGAGGAAACUCGAGAAGCCGAAGGAGAAGGAGAAGCUUCAUUGGAUGAAACGGACAUCGAAGGACAGCUUAUUGAAGCCCCGAAGAGACAACUUUGACCACCUCGACAAGAAUCCACCCGUGGACGACGUCUACUUUUUGGAGUCCUUCGUGCCCCCCGUCUAUGCCGCCGUGGAUGCGAUCGAGAUGCACAGGGAGUCUCACCACCCCACCGUGCUUGACGAUGCAGACGCUUUCCUCUACGCCUUUGUAGAGCUUGACUUGAGCACCAAGAAAAAGAACAGGUACAGGGACAACUUUGCUGGCACUGUCCUAUUCAACCAUGGGUUUGAAUUUACUAAGAGGCAGAAAAGGAUUCUAGCGCUUUGCAAGAACACUGACCUAGCCACCGAAGCUCUUGAGGCAGGAGCAGAAGUGGCUGGAGGCUCUAGCGUCAUCAAGAGAAUUCUGACCGGGGAACUGGACACCAAGCGCUUUGACCAUGUCCUCGCUCAUGUGGACAUCAUGGCUGAUCUUCCUCAGUUGCGAGGACUUCUAAAAACCAAGCUGCCCUCGGCGGCCAACGGCACUGUGGCCAACGACCUGAAUGCUCUGGUGAAAAGCUACCUGAAGGGAGUCGAAUUUGUCUCUAACAGCGACUCGCAUGAGCUCGACUACGGCUUCCUGGAAGUCCCUGUUGGAAGGCUGAGCAUGCCGACUGAGCACCUUACAGACAAUAUCAGAACUCUUCUGGAGACUGUGGACGGGUUCAAACCGAAAAACACCAACCCAGGGACGUUCAUCACAAAGGUGGAGCUGAAGUGCCCUCCGACUGACGAGAAAUUUGCGAUAGCCUCCAGCGAAUUCCUGGAAGCCUACAUCAAGACAGAACAAGAGGUUGAAGACCAGGGGGAGGAGGAGGAGGAGGAGGAGAAAGAAGAGCCCAAAGAGGCUGAAAGGGCUGCAUAACAUCCUCCCAAACACGACCCCUCCUCAGAUUGCUAGUUAGCGCGAGAUUCGCUCAUAAUAAAAUCGCCGUUAC